AUGGAAAGUGAAAAACCCGCCCAAAUUCCGGUCGUUCAGGAAACUCAAUCCAAACCUCCCUCUGGUCAACCAGUGCUGUCUCAACAACAACAAGCUUCAGCUGGACAGCCGAUUACCGCUGUCCCUGCUCAACCAAUUAUGUACCAGAUGGCGCCCGGUCAGCCAGGACAACCUGCCCAACCGGGUCAGCCGGUUUUUAUCCAGGUUCCUCCUGGUCAACCUGCAACAACGCCACAGGGACAGCCAAUUCAGUAUUACUAUGUCCCGGUUGGUCAGCCUGUGCAAGAGGGGCAGAAGAUACAACCGGGACAAACGGGGUUUGUUCCGGGUGCUCCUGGUCAGCCUGUGCGACCAGGACAACCAGUUUAUAUUCAGGGGGGCCCUGGUCAGUAUCUGCAGCCUCAACAGCAAGCCGCACAAGGUGGAUGUGAAAUUAAUAUCGAUACUGGGUUUCUCAAAUCACCUCUUUGUUACAUCAAGAUAGCUGAAUUCGUGAGUACUGCUCUUACAAAUGUUUUCGUAUAAUUGGAAAUUGAUUUAAUUUGGUGUGUGUUACGAAGAAAGAUAAACAGUGCUGCUUUAAGUCUAUUUCCAAUUUAUGCCAUGAUCAGAUGAUCACAUUCUAGCACUUGAUAUAAGGAAAAACAUUUCCAAUCUUUUAUUGCCCCCCAUUUUGACUACUGCGUGGCAUUUCUGCAGCGAAACCGCAUCCGAUAAACUACGAAAAGUAAACGAAAGAGCUCUGCGCUUCGUGCUUAAAGACAAAAGCAGUUCUUACACGGAAUUUCGGAAUUACUUAAGAAACUUUGUGCCGUGUUGUUCUCUCUUAGGUCACUCUUUUAGGAGCAUGGGCAAGUAUCCUGAGGUAUACGAACAACCUCGCGGCCGAAGACGCAAAAGCCAACUUCUUUGAAGGGAUCAUGAUUUUCAGCUGGAUUAUGGUCAUACUCUAUCUGAUAAUUUACACUCUAAGCCUCCCUAAGAUGUGCAACUGUAGGCGCCUUUCGUUGUUUACUAUAACGGUAAGUUUCUAUCUCCAGUCAUGACAGGUCUGCACUCUAGCAUCCCACGCAGACGUUCAGUUAGGGCUUCUUCACGCGUUACUUCCCCACGUUCGUUGGGGAGGAUUGCGUGACGAGGAUAGUGUGCACUCAUGAACGAGUGAGUUUUUCAAAGAAAUAAUAGCGAGUUUAAGUCUUAAUAAAGCAACAGUUUCAGUUGUAGAGAUCGAUAUUUUACGCUUUUUAUCUUCUAUAGUACCAAGUACCUGGUGCAGACAUAACACUGUUGAUCAAAUAACGAGUAUUAAAAAACAAGAAAAACUGAGCAAUAUUUUAUUAUUUUAUUUUAUUAAUUUAGCUGAACUCUAUUGGUCAUAAAGAGUGACUGGGUAAGGUUUUUGUGAAUGCGGAAUAAUCAAGGUUGACUGAACGAACUCGUUAGGCAAUCUUAAGUUUUCGCGAAGCUUUCACUGUAGGCUGUUAUUUUCGGGAUGGGCGAAAACGAGCCCUGAAAAUUCGUGAAAGGUCUUCACUGCUCCUAGGACGACCGAACAGAUAAAACCUUUAUAGCGAUGCAAAUUAUUCAUUUAUACUGCUCUUAGCCAAUGAGAAGACAAAUAAUGAGUACAAUGCAUAAUAAUAAAUGUUACCGGACCUUACAAUUUCUACCCUUUUUUUCUUCAAUUCCAAAUCAGUAACUAUUUUCAUUUCAAUGCGUUGCACUGAAGCUUUGUUUACACUCUACAGGAGAGCUUUUGCGCUUGAUGAAACCGAUACCGGAUAGGACCUCUGAUCACACAUAACAACGGUGAUUUCGGCUCGAUUUUGUAGCGGAGCGAAGCCCCGACACGCCGCGCUGAUCUCAAGUUGAGAGUCACCUAUCGGAUAGGUGUUCUUAUUAUAUGGAGGAGAGUGUUUUACUGGGAACUAAACCACUCGUAGAUUCCAUACGCCACUUCAUCCGGGACCCGAGUGGCGUAUUUUCCGUAUGUCACCUUUGUGAGUGUCGUAUCGUUCAAUGACGUAACGAUUCCCGCCUUUUGCUUUUGUUGAAUUGGUUUCUCCAUAUAAUAAAAAGAACAUUACACGUUGGCUCGAAGAUAUGAAUUUUAUGUUCUCGUGGCAAGAACAAUAUCUCACUCGUUCGCUUCGCUCACUCGUGAGAUAUUGUUCUUGCCACUCGAACAUAAAAUUCAUAUCUUCUCGCCACCGUGUAAUAUCCUCUAUAUACUAUACCGGAGAGCUUUUUCGUAUCCGCCAUUUUGUGAACAUAACCUUAUCCUUGCAUUGAAACAAAGGCUUGGGGCAACUCGAUCAUAGCCUAUUGCGCAUUCGCUAUCCAGUGGAUAGGGAUGUAUUCGUUGAACAACUGAGGCCCUGUGUACAUGACUGCUUUUGUGGACUGAUUUGAGGUUUUGUUUUUCAGUCUGUGGUUAAUUACUUCAUCUUGUUCGCCUUGUUAUUGGCUUGCACCGCAAACCUGGUACCUAGAGCUGUGGAUUUAGGAAAAGUUUACGAAUAUUUCACAGAUGAAAACAAGGGAAGAGUCAUUGCUGUUUACAUCGCCUUGGUAGGAAUUGUUUGUUUUUGCUACCUAAUAACUCGCUAACCAGGGGCGUAGCUACCUGUACGCACAGUACGUACGUUAGCCUCCCACGCAGACGUUCUUAGGGGUUCGUCACGCGUUCCUGCCCCAGGAACGCGUGAGAAACCCUUAAGAAGGACUACGUGGGAGGCUAUACGCACGUGCCUGUGUGGAAAAAGUCGAUCUUCGCAAAAAAAGUUGAUCUUUGCAGUAUAAUAAAAAUAUAAAGCGAAUUAUCUAAAACAGCAAAUAUAACUCAACAAAGCACAAUAUUCCUCAAUUCAUUUAACUCUGCCUGUUUAAUUCUUUGAAAUAUUUUUUUUGUAAAACAAAGUAAUUUUUUUCUUUUUUACACCCGAAUGUCGGUUUUCAGAGAAGAAACACGUGAUUUAUUGGUGGAGCGAGAUAUUUAGAGAAAAGGCAGGGAAAAGUGCGAAUAUGAUAUCUAUAGCUCAGUUCAAGCUGGAUGUAUGAAGCAUGAACACGUUGUUGUAAGGGGUGGGGUGGGGGGGGGAGGGACGUGGGUUGGGUAUUUAGGAAAUGGUGCAUACUUUUGGGAAAAUCUUGCAACGCGCCCGCUAACGUCAUUUUAACUCGAUGACUACUGAAGGCCGAUCGAACCACUGCUAUUAGAAUCGAAGGGCCACUUAUCGCAAGCUUAAAACCCACUUCCUUAAGUUCCUUGAAAGUAACACCACCACUUCCUCAACAGAGGCAAGAUAGAGCUUUUAAGAAGGAAAACAUCCUUCUCGGCAAUCGCCCAAAGAUUUCCCAAUAAAAUUUCAAUGAGAUUUUCUUAACAUCCUUACUUGUCCUUUUGCUUUACAGGCCUUUGGCUUUAUUUCCUGUAUUUUGUUCGUCGUGGAUAUGGUACUGAAUUAUAGGUUAUUUCAGACACAGAGAGCGCAGGAGCUUCAAGGCCCUGCUCCGCAAGCCGGACCCCCUCAGAGAAGAGUUUGGGAUAUUAACUGGGAAUACGUGAAAUCGCCAGUGUUCUACGUCAAAUUUGCAGAAUUGGUAAGUCAGUCUACCUUCAUACAAGGGAGAUAGAUCCAUGCCCAAGAGAUAUAAGAAAUAUAAACAUAAAUAACAAAACAGCAAAGACAAAAGCGACUUGAGAUUUCCCGAUAGAAGAAACGUUGUGCUUUCAUUUGCCGUCACUAAAGGUGACUUUUUGUGCUAUCAAAUCCCAAGAAAUGUAGUUAAGAAAUUGCACUAUAAAACCUUCAUCUCUCCAAUACACCAUUCUCCAAUAUCCUCCUUCCUGGGUGUUUAAGGCCAAAAUGAUUAAUAAUAAUUAAUGACAAUGAUAAUGAUAUCCCAAGAAAUUACUGAGUCAACUUGACACUCGAUCCAUGUGUACGGAUAGUAGAGACCCGUUUCCCUCAUCCAAAAAGAAAAAUUAAGGAAAUCUUGGGUAACUUCCCCUACCUAGCUUUCCCCUCGUUCUCGACGAAAUGAUUUUAAUCAUAUAAUCCCUUUAUAGAUCGGCCUUGAACUUGUGUAAUAAAGGAUCUCCACGAAAAACUCUCGAUCAAACUUGUACUCGCAUGUUGUCUUGCUCAAAGAGAAAAAACAAACCAACAAACACCACAAAUAAAAAGCAGACGUUUAUUUGGUAACACUACACAUGAAUAAUAAUUUUAAAAAAAAUACGGUACUGAAGGUAAUUCACAGAAAGUCAUUUGACUUUGCUGCUUUUUACAUCUGACAAGGCCUUACUGUUUGGAGCGUGGGUGUGCAUGUUGAAAUAUUUCGACAUGGAUUUAAUAAGACAAGCUGAAGCUGCUUCCUCCAGUGGUACAUCAUCUUCAACUCUUGAUCUUUCAAAAGAAGAAUUCUUCAGAGGAAUCACUAUUUUCGCCUGGGUGAUGGUCAUCCUCUUGGCUCUGAUAUUUAUAUUCAGUUUUGACAAGAUCAGCAGUCGUUCCUCACCUUGGACCCUGACAGUAAGUGAUCAUGACUACUUACCCCUCCCCCAAUAUCAACUCCUUUAUCAGCCCUAACCUCCAACGCGGUCAAACGCCUGAGGCGUUUACCUGUUUAACUUUCAUGAAUAGGUUGAGUAUGAUCGUGCGGGUGAACGUAACCCUGAGUAGGACUGUUGUUGUUGACAGUGAUUGACGUUUCGACAACCUGUGCGGUAGUUAUCUUCAGAGUCAAAGUGACGUGUAUCACGUCAGUUGAUGGUAUUAAACUCUGGUUAUUGACCUGAUUGGUCAAUUGGUCGCGAUGUUAUUGGUCGUCUGUCAGUUAAGCCGUGAUGUUAUUUGAUAUUGGCUGUGAAGACUGCUCGUAAUAUCUUUCCACUGUUCUCAAAAUAUUAAGCCACGUUGCGUUGAAAACGAUUCGCGACCAAGUAAAACAAUACCAGAAAAUGGCGCCGAGGGAAACACCUGUUUCAGUUUCCAAACACUCGGAACUUCUGAAAGAAAAGAAAGUUUACUAAAUUGACAGCGUAUUUGUAAACUGGAAAUCGUAAACUUUCCACACUGAAAGUAGCAACCUUGACUUUGAAGUACUUUGCUUAGCUUUUGUAGAUUAAUUUAGUUUGACCGCGUUGAGCUCUGAAGCCUUAACGCCAACGAGACAAAUAUUUCUCCUGUUAACUUCUCAUUCCGCUCCCUGCUUCAAACGUGCACACUUUAUUCUCAGUUGUGAUUGUCUUAUUCAGGCGCGGAUCAGCACCAAAGGCGGAAGUUCUAGGGGAACUGGUCCGUGGACAUGCGCGCUCCCUCGGGAAAUUUUUUGGGUUUAACUCCCAAAGGUCCCCUUUCCUGGGUUCCUGAGUCAUUCAGACAGGAUAUUGGCAAAAUUUCAACUUGGAAAGUUUUUAUUAUUAGUAUUAUCAUGAUUACCCAAAUUUACAAUUAUGCGUCUAUUUUUGAAAACUGUGAUAAGUCUCUAACUGUAGAUUCAUGCAUGUACUCUGCGGAUAGGCCAAUGAGAUCGGCGGUUGGCUAACUGAAUAGUAUAAUCUGAUCCGCAUCCUCCCUUUUUGUAGAUUUUUUUGUUUUACGUUUUCCUGGCCAUCUUGCUGAUUGCUUCCUGUGGAAAACUCACUCCUCUUGUGGUGGACUUUGCAAAGGUCUACAAAAAUGUAUAUCCCGAUAAGAAGCAGUACGUUCUUGCUCUGUUUAUUGGCCUGGUAAGUGACCGGUUAUACGCUAUUAAUACCAUCUUGACUCUAAAUUAGUAUAUUGAGACCACCUACCUAAAACAUCGUUUGAGCCCCCUGAUCAAAAGAUUUUUCCACAUUAGCAUUGUCAUUAUCACCGUCAUCAUCAUAAUCAUCAUCAUCAUCAUCAUCAGAAUUACCAUCAUCAUCAUUAUAAUUACCACCAUCAUUAUCUUAAUAGUUCAGAAUUCUUGUUUGCCAUUGCUUUUCGGAUGGCUAGAUGGAUGAGCGGGAUACAACUUUACACUAAUGAUCACCAAAGGUCGGAGUUGUCUAUUUGGUGGUCGAGCCUCGAUGGUUUUAGAUUUUUUCAUAGCUGCACAAAUUAUAGUUUCAUUGCUACUGGCUCCAAGAACAGAAUUUACGAAGUCACCUUAAGUUAGGAUUUAGCUGCUAUGCCAUGUUUAGACUUGAGCGUGCUACCGAGGUAUUGGAGUUAACUUACCUAGGUAAAUAUUUUGCGUGUGUAAACGCCAACUGAUACCCUGGUAAACACCGCUCAAGACAUCUGACAGCUGUGGUCACACUACAGACUUUUUACCUAGGUAAACACGACUUGUUGACAGUUUACCUAGGGAAACUUGAUUUUUUUAAGUGUGACCGAUUUUUCCCUAGGUAACUUACCUCGGGCAAAUUUUAUCGUCUGGGUCUUGGAUAUGUCUCGAAAACAAUAGAGUUUCCCUUGACAGCUACCCCAAAGCAAUAGCUGGGGAAAAAUGAAAUACCGAGGUUGCUAGCCAAUAGACGCUCGUCGGCGAAGGUCUUGAUGACAGAACCCGACAUUGAUCAAGCUGUGAAAGAAAUUUUGGGAGCACAAGUCGUCUACGUCUUCGCCUUUCUUCACCUUGCACGUUGAAUUAGAGUGAGAAAUAACACCGAGAUAAAGGAAAAAAACGUCUCUUUGAUCAGCUAGAUCCCUGCGCAUUUUGCCUUCUUGAAUUUACGCUCCAAAAAAUUUAACAAGCGUGAAAAUAUUGGGAGCCGAUAUCAGUAGUGUGACCUUCCCAGAAUUUUUACCUAGGUAAAACAAAACCCGAGAUGAAUUUACCUAGGUAGAUUUUUGAUGAAUUUGCCCUAGGUAAAAAGGGUUUACCUAGGUAAAAGUCUGUAGUGUGACCACAGCUAUUAAGUUAACUAAGGUAAAAGUUCGGUUUACCCUGCGAGCAGGCAUGGUUAAGGUCGGUAACCAAGGUUUGAAUGACAGAUACAUCAGCUUGCGGUCGCAUAUAAUUUCACAUCCUGUGGUGUCGGGAUUGCGUCAGUCUCAUUCGAUCACGUUUUCGAGAGCAGGUUUUCGACCAGGUUUCCACGUUUGGUUUCAGUCUACGACAAAAUUUCCGUUUAAUAGAGUUUCGAACCAGAAUUGGUUUCUCGGCCACGACCACGCACGUCUAACGCGCCUUGUCCUGCGAAGGGCAAUUUGUAGCAGAAUUAAUCGCUUUCACCUCGACCUCUUUAGGUGCUCCAAAAGUAAGAGCUUCUGCAAUCUCGAUUCCUGGGUUUGCUGACCAAGAACAAGAAAAUAAAACGCGAGGACUACAAGAGCCACAGCUUCCCUUUUAAAUGCGAGCAUUUUAUGAGUGGAUUUAGAAUUUGCCGCCAAUUAGAUUGUGAUUGAUGACAGAUUUACCUUAGUAAUUUGGGCCCGUAUAAACACUGUACAAAUGUACCAGGGUUUAGUCAGUUAAUGUUUACCUUGGUAAACGCUUGAGUGUAAACACAGCAUAAGAGAUUUUCUCAUAUAAAAAUAAGUUGUUUACAGUACAGCAGAGGUCAUAAAAACCUCACCUUUACAGGUAUCAAGUGAACGUUCCUGUUUGCAGCAACUCAUCAGCGUUAUUUCAGUUCCAGAUGGCGUCAGCUAAUGUGAAGUUCGACAAAAGGACUUUGAGACAUCCCGAGAUAUUUUUAUAGCUAUUAUGACAGAAAAAUACGACCAAAUCCGAGGAAAAAUUAAUGAAACAUUGUUCGACUCAUUUGAAUAAUUAAUUGUUGAGGUUCUACACCGAUGAAGUUAAUGUUUUGCAAUUUAAAUAUAUAUCUCGUUUUUCAACAGGGUUUGGGCUUCAUCUCCUGGAUAAUAUUCAUCGUAGAUAUUACUUUACUGUACAAGUUGUACCGUCAACAACGAAUGCAAGAAUUGCCGCUUCAACAGGUGCCUGCAGGCCAAACAGUCGUCCAACCUGGUGUGGUCAUAAUGCCCCAACAGGCACAGGGAGGGCAACAGACAGCCUUUCAACCGUCUGUUCAUCCGGGCCAACAUGUAGUUCAAUAUCCGGAACAACGUCCCCCACACCCUUAA